AUGUACAAGAUGAUAUGUCAGCAAACUGGGUGGAACGGUCAACCCGUCAAGGCGCAUGAAUCUGGUGAAGAUCCAGCACGCCGCCUAGUGCCAGUCACCGAUGCCCGCCGUCUUCGGAUCACCUUCAAUGGAUCAGUGUCGGACAUCUUACCAUGGAAGUUCACACCGCAGCAACGGGAAGUACGAGUUCUACCGGGUGAGACAGCUUUGGCUUUCUUCACUGCAACAAACAAGAGUGAAGGGGAUAUUAUUGGGGUUGCAACUUAUGGUGUCACACCAGCCCAGGUUGCUCCAUAUUUUAGUAAGAUACAAUGCUUCUGCUUUGAGGAGCAGAGGCUGAACGCCGGGGAAACGGUCGAUAUGCCUGUCUUCUUCUUCAUCGAUCCAGACUUUGUCAAAGAUCCGGCAAUGAAAGGGAUUAACACAAUCACUCUGAGUUACACUUUCUUCAAGGCUAGAUACGACAAAAAUGGGGUCCUAACAACACUACCUGCCACAAGUACUUGA